GAGAGAGGGGGAGGGAGGGAGUGAGAGAGAGAGGUGGGGGGAGAGAAGAGAGAGCGAGAGAGGGAGGGAGGGAGUAAAAGAGAGAGAGAGAGGGAGAGAGGGAGGGGAGGGCAAACCCCUACAUCUGGAAACCAUUGACAGCAGGGGACCAAAGAGGCAAAACUUUGGACUAAUACAAAAAAGUGGGUAAGAGGAACAAAGGGAAAAACAAUACGACAAGAUGACGAGCAACAGACAAAAAUAGCCAAACAAUCGAGUCUACAGCCGUAACAAAGCCAGAGAAGAGAGUAAACAUCUGAGAGAGACAGAGAGAGAGAAGAGAGAGGAGAAGAGUAAGAUAGCCCACUCUGCCAAACUUCUACACUUGAGUUCUAAAGGAAAACCAGACAGGCACUGGUUUUCAUCUAGUGCUGCAUUCUUGUGUCAAAGGAAUCCUAACAAGGGGGGGAACGCAAGCAGCGCAGGAGGACCCCAUGCGAACAUCUACUACGGAAUCUAAUUGGAGAAUCUGAUCUGUGGUGGUCGGCUACAAAGCAUACUUGCUAGCAAGCUGAGGAGAGCAGUUCAGGUAUCAACAAGAGGUAUCUAUCUGGUGGCCGAAUCUGAAGAAGUUAAGCCAGCGAGUUUAGUGUGAGUGAGUGAGUGAGUGCUUGUGAGGGUCCUGUGGAGGGUCUAUAGCCAUUGCCUUCCCUGCCUGCUUUGACUGUCAGCUUCACCACUUACCCUUUCAUCACCUCAGAGGAAUCUCAGCACCAACCGCAGGAUGACGGUGACACGGAGAUGCCUGUGCUGCGUCAAGUACCUCAUGUUCCUCUUCAACUUAAUAUUCUGGCUGGGAGGAUGUGGACUGUUUGGCGUGGGGGUCUGGCUGUCCUUCAAGCAGGCCGAUAUCUCAGCUCUUCCGCUGUCCUUUCCCUCGCUCUCGGCCGCCAAUCUGCUGCUGGUGGCCGGGGGGAUCACCAUGGUGACGGGCUUCCUGGGUUGCCUGGGGGCCCUGAAGGAGCAGCGUUGUUUGUUGAUGACGUUUUUCGUCAUCCUUGUAAUUCUGGUGGUCACUGAGGUGAUUUUGACUGUGACUGUUCAUAUUUACGAUGAUGAGCUGGAAGAAAUGGCAAAAAAUGAUUUGUUGGACGGCAUGAGGAAUUACAAUAACGACACACGUCUACAACAUUCAUGGGACUCGCUGCAGAAAAUGUUUAAGUGCUGUGGCGUGGAAAACCAGUUCGACUGGCGCAACAUCAGCGAAGGGAAUCCCCGCAAUCCAGCCUCCUGCUGCAUGACCGGCGACUUGGACACCUGCGACCGAAGAUGGGAAGAGGGUUGCUACGAGAAGGCCAAAAACUGGCUCUAUGAAAACAUCACAUCGGUGAUGGUGUUCGGAAUCUGCAUCGUCAUCGUCCAGCUCUUGGCUUUGGUCUUCUCCAUGAUGAUGUACUGCCAAAUAAGACGGGCAGAGAAGUACCUGGACUGACCAUACGUUUAUAGGGCAGAGGUGCAAUGUGGACGGAUGUACAGAUGAACUUGUGAUUACCACAACACCUCUGUUGUGUAGGCCUGGCCUACCAUCAUCAACCCCAUGCCCUUUGUCCAACAAGCCAAAGGCUCUGAUUUUGUAAUCCAGGAUAUGUUGUUUUGUAUAUAUGAACUGAGAUGUGCUUAUGUGCUUUUGAAGUUGUGCAGACUCCAUGACAUGUGGAUGUAAGUUGGAUGUAAUCAUGGUAGUAUUUUUCUCCAAUACUAUCCAAUACCGUAGUUCAGUUCACCGUCUCAAUACGUGUUUGAUCUCUCAGUAGUAUCCUUCAAGCACUACUUAACUUCAUUUUACAGUAUGAUGGAAAAUAUCACCUGCUAAAAAAGCAUAUAUAUAGCCUGUAAAUAGCCUACAUUCAUUCCAUUGUCUGACCAAAAACGUUGUCAUGUAAUUUAACAUUAAUGUAAACAUUUUCCUGCAAAAACCGCCACACACGUUUGUACUUUAAAUUCUGCACAAGAUCAAACUAUAACUGCUUCAGUACGUAGGCCAAUGUACAUUUGAACACCCCUGUAUGAUUGUCUUUCAUAGACACAAUGGUAUUUGUAAAGACAGUGAAGUGUACAUGUCCUACACAUCCACUCCCCACAAAAGCAGCUAAUUUUUAUUGAAUUAAUGAAAAUAAAGUGCAAUGGGCCAAACCACCAAUCUUUACAUGACACUGGUGGGUGCACACAUUGCGCUAGUUUUUAAUCCCAUAAAAUAAACUCUUUGGGGAGAUUUCAUUGUAACUUAAGUUGUGAUAGGCCACCGCUCAUCUGUUUAGAAGGUGCAGGAUUCAGUAAACAUUUCUGUAUAAAAAGAAGGGAGAUUUCAUUGUGCAAUGGUCACCGACUUCACUUUUUUUAAUGGAUGUGUUUCCAUCCCUGCGACCAGCCUCAGUGAGGUGGGAUGUGCACACAUCUGAUCAUAGUCAAACAUCUGACAUUUGUGGCAUGUACAGAAUAAAUCAGCAAUGUCUUCAUUGUAAAUACCCAUAUGACGUUUCCAAAGCAGAAUAAAGACAGUACAGGAUUGUG